AUGAAUUUCAGUUGCACAGUAAAGCUGAGCUACAUUUAUCCUCCGACGACGUCUCGUCUUCCGCCUGAAGUCAUCUGUUCUACCGUAAUAAAUCCGAAGAUUAGGCAAGAAAGCGAUAUUUGGAUGUUCGGUAUUCUCUGUUGGGAAUGUAUGGCACUGGGUGCAGAGCCAUAUUAUCAAAGAACAUCUGAUGAGAUUCAACGAUGGUCGCUGGUGAUGGACUGUUUGUCGGAGGCACAUCGUCGGCCACGUUCCGUUGGUUCCGUGCCCACUCUUGCGGACAGGAUGCAACAACUGCACAGCUAUUACGCUCAAUCAGUGGAUUGCCUCCAUCCGGUGCCGAAUGUAGGCAAUUGUACAUGUGCUGAACACAAAUGCAAGAAAAUCGAUGGUUUCAAUAGAGAAUGA